AUGAGGAAAAAAAAUUGCAAGACAUUCCAAGGACGCUUUUCUACACCAAUGUCGUCAUCAAUUCAAUUACUUAACCCUAAAGCUGAGUCAUUCAGAAGGGCGCAGGCGUUACAAGUCAACAUCAAUGCCGCCCAAGGUUUGCAGCUGGUUUUGGCUUCAAAUUUAGGUCCUAAAGGAACGUUGAAAUUAUUAGUUGAUGGAUCUGGAGCAUUAAAAUUGACCAAAGAUGGUAAGGUUUUGCUCAACGAAAUGCAAAUUCAACAUCCUACUGCAGUGAUGAUUGCACGCGCAGCCACUGCGCAAGAUGAAAUCACUGGAGAUGGAACCACCACGGUGGUUUUAUUAGUGGGUGAAUUAUUAAAACAAGCAGAGAGAUUUAUUAGUGAAGGCAUACAUCCAAGAGUCAUUGUUGAUGGAUUCGAUGUUGCUCGUGAAGAAAGUUUAAAGUAUCUAGAUGAAUUCAAGACCAAGAUUGAAACUUUUGAUCGUGAAUUUUUGUUACAAAUUGCUAGAAGUUCAUUAAUUACUAAAGUUAACAAUGAUUUAGUCGAUGUAUUGACCCCAAUUGUCACUGAUGCAGUAUUGACAGUCAAGCAUGAUGACCAUCCUUUGGAUUUGCACAUGAUUGAAAUUAUAACUAUGCAACAUGGUCAUUCAAAGGAAACAGAAUUGAUUAAAGGACUCGUAUUGGAUCAUGGUGCACGUCACCCUGAUAUGCCUAGAAGAGUACCAAACGCUCACAUUUUGAUUUUGAAUGUAUCCUUGGAAUAUGAGAAGACCGAAGUCAACUCAGGUUUCUUUUACUCAUCCGCCGAACAACGUGAUAAGUUAGUUGCAUCAGAACGUAAAUUUGUUGAUGAAAAAUUGAAAAAGAUUGUUGAUUUGAAGAAUCAAGUUUGUGGUGAUUCAUUGAAUUCUGAUCAAGGGUUUGUCAUAAUAAAUCAGAAGGGAAUAGAUCCUAUGUCCUUGGAUAUCUUGGCUAAAAACGGCAUAUUAGCCUUGAGAAGGGCCAAGAGAAGAAACAUGGAAAGAUUGCAAUUAGUUUGUGGAGGUGAAGCACAAAAUUCAGUUGAUGACUUGACUCCCCAAGUGUUGGGAUAUUCAGGAUUAGUUUAUGAAAAUAGCAUAGGUGAGGAUAAAUUCACUUAUGUGACUGAAAAUAAAGAUCCUCGUGCUUCCACCAUCUUAAUUAAAGGAUCCAAUUCUCAUACAUUACAACAAACAAAAGAUGCAAUUAGAGAUGGAUUAAGGUCAGUGGCUAAUGUCAUAAAAGACAAGAGUGUUAUACCUGGAGCUGGUGCAUUUUGGAUGAGUUGUAACAACCACUUACUUCAAGAUAAAAAGAUAUUAAAGGGUAAAAGCAAGCCGGGUAUCCAAGCAUUUGCAGAAUCCUUGUUAGUCGUACCAAAGACAUUGUCAGCCAAUGCAGGUUUGGAUCAAUUGGAAACCAUAUCUACUUGUCAAGACGAUAUAAAUGAUGGACACGUUGUUGGUGUUGAUUUGAAGACAGGUGAGCCAUUGGACCCAACUGUGGAAGGUAUUUGGGAUUCAUAUAGAGUUGUGAGAAAUGCCAUAAGUUCAGCUACUGGUAUUGCAUCUAAUUUGUUGUUGUGUGAUGAAUUGUUGAAGGCAGGAAGAUCGAGUUUGAAGGAAGGUGGUGCUGGAGGUCCACCAGGUGGAGGUGCUCCUGGUGGAAUGCCUGCAGGUAUGCCACCAAUGGGUGCACCAGGUAUGAUGUAG